UUUUUGUGUUGAAUGUUGACAGCAUAGGGGCUGUGUGCCCGAUACAUUCUAAGCUCACGGUCUCAGAGAGUAAAAACCUGAAGUUAGAAGCUCCAGUUGAAGCAGAUAGUAAACCAGAUCAGUGACACUAACCCAAAAUAGUGUCAGGGUCUGAGGACUAUGGCUACUGAAGUGGAUGUACCGGUCCUCCCAGGUAAUUGGAUGGCUCACCAGAUACGGGGUCUUCAAGAGGACACCAGGGGAAUGUUAGACCACAUCCCCAAGACCCCAGGGAGUGAGGCAAGUGACUACGGACCUUACAUGAGUUUGUUUGAAAUCACCUACGGUCCACGGACGGAGAUAUUGGACAGGGAAAAUCAACAGAAGAGAUUCCGUGUAAAGAAAAAACAAGUUAGGCCGUCCACAAGGAAACACAACUUCCCACAUCCUUCUAAGAUGUUUAUGAAGUGGAAAGUUCCAACACGCUUAGUAGACCAGUAUACUGCUGCUGCCCAAGGGAAAGCCUCGCAACCUCAGUGUAAUGAUCCAACCAAGGAAGAGGUAAUGGAACAGUUGGUUCAGCUGCAGAUAGACCCAGCCAAGCAUCAUGAGGUGCCCAGAACAGAUAAUCCAACACACAACACACAACGCAGUCCUUCCAUGCAUGCCAUGCACAACAGGACCAGGAAGUAUGGAGAUGCUUUGCCUGAAAUAGCUGGUGUCCAACCUAAAGCUUACUCUGCAGCCUCUGUGGCUGGCAGCCAGAGAAGUGUAAGAAGUGCCACUCUGCCAAGUCCACUGCAAGGAGAUAACAGGGGGGGAGCAGGAAUCAAGACCCCUGCCAUAGAGCGGUCAAAGACUGAGGUGAAGACCCCAGGUAUCUGGAAGACACAGUAUUCCAAGAGUGUAAUUGAUAAGGUGAUAAGACAAUCCAGCAAGUUUGCAGAAAUAGACAGGACACUACACAAGGCCUUGCUGCCAGAUGCUAAGCAAGCUGCACAAAAAUGGCUGUCAUCAGCAAGUGAACAAGAUCGUAGAGUUGCCCUCCAGUUUUUUCAAUCAGUUGCUGGCACUAAGCUGAUGGGAACCACAUGUGAGGAACAAAUGAACAGGCUGGAUAUGCUGUUAAAGCAACUGAACAGAGGACAACCAAUAGGAGCUUUCCUCCUACCAAGAUACAAAGGCCCAGGAAGAUUGCGAGAGAACACAAAGCUGCAAUAUAUCCGCCUCCUGUCUCCCAAAACACGCGACGCACGUCCCAUGCACACCACAUGGCAUCACCUUCCAGUGUAUCCUGACAAGAACAGAGUAGAGAACAAAAGCUCUCAUUUCACAGAGCCACAUCAGCACAUACCAAGGCACUUUGCUAUCCAUCCUGAUUGGGGAUAAAUUGACCAAUGAUUAACUGGAAUGAUAUAGCUGCCAUUCAACUCAGACCAUAUUUCCAGUAUGGGUCAAGUAUAAUCCAUUAAUAAAAGGGCAGGAUAUUUUUUAUCUUUAUCUGUAGAAAUGCAUAAUACAACUUAAAUUUUGAUAAACUAUAGUGUUUCUUUAGACACCAGUAGGUCUGAAAUAUACUUUCUUGUACUUUAUCGUGUACAAACUUACAGGCCACACUGUGAUACAUACAUGCUCAACUAAUGUUUAUUACUUGACAUAGGCAUUGUAUUAAUGUCUUUGCAGUAGUAUUCUUUCUAAUGAAGACAAUCACAUUAAGAUAAUAAGUUAACAACUUAAAAACAUUACCUCAUAAUGCUUAUUUUGUUGAUUUGGGAUGAUAAAGUUGUUUGCUCUGGGUUUUUCUUUUUUUACCAAUGCCCUUACAGGUCAUAAACCUGAUUUCGAAGACAGGACCUCUAGUGUGCAGUAUUUGGAAAACUUAACAAGAAUAUGACUCUUAUUGUGUGGUACCACUUACACUUUGAGGGAAAAUAGCGAAUUCUAAUUAUAUAGUACUUUAAGCCAUAAAUUCUUUAAACUAGCUCAUUCCUGUUGACACGUACCAACAAAACGCAAAGUCAGGUUACCUUAGAGUUCUACUUAAAACCACCACAAUUCCUGUAUACUUUAAUUAUAUAAUCACUUCAAAGCUAUGUUUCUGAAAGAUUUUUAAUUAAGAUUAAUAAUGUAUGUUGCGAUUUCUAAUUGGCCAGGUCAGGUAACAAGAUUGUACCAGACCUGAUAUUACAUUAUCUUAAACAACAUUAUUUCUUGGUCAUUAAUUAAUAUCUGUUAAAAAAGAUCAAAAGUUAUUAUUUGUCCAUAUAUAAGUUCAACUUCCUUACUUUGUUGAUCUCCUCUCCUUGAAUUAAGGCCGAAGGUAAGUUCAACAAUAAGUGGUUUAAGAACAUAUUUAAAAGUAAAAGACCGCAUGUUCACCUUGGGUGUAAAUCAGAUAUUUUUUUUUUAACAAAUCCUGUUUUCACCAUAGAUAUGUGUAUAAACUAAAGCAGUUUGAAUUGCUCAAGUAAUCCAUUUUUAUGUACAGACACAGUGUGUUGUCACCUGAAUUGCAGCUACUUUCUACUGUUAGCACAAUACAUAGAUACAUGUGGAACGUAUCCUCAAACUUACUGUAGUGACUGAUACCAGUGAAAUGCAGAUCAACUUCAAAUAGCAGCUUUUUGGGACCAUUUUUGUCUGGGAUUUUACUGUUUAGCAUUAAGUAUUAUUGCAUCACAGUUGACAAAAAGAUGAUUUGUUAUGCUCAAACUUCUGCAGCAUUUCGAGAAAUAUGCCAAUACCUUGUAAAAUUUAAACAUUUAUAUUACUGAUAUUGAUACAGUAUAUAUAUAUGUACACAUGGCAGCUUUGCUAUGCUCAUCACUUCAGCUCCAAAGCACAGCAGCUCAUUGUCUUCAACUACUCUUUAUUUGGAUAUGAAUUCCAUACUGUAACAUACAUGUACAUGUAUCUUGCAGAUCAAAAUCAUAUGUAUAUAUAUAUAUAUAUAUAUAUAUAUAUAUAUAUAUAUAUAUAUACAAAUUCAACCAUUCAAAACACUGAUAAACAAAGAAGAAUAUACACAAUUUUUAGUAAAUAUAUGUUUGACAACAGUUUCAAUUCUGACAAAAUCUGUGAUACCAGAAAGCAAUGAGUAGUUCAUAUUAAGCAAUUGCAAAUCUCCUUUUAUUGAACAAUGUAACUUGCUUCAUUAAUUUGUCAUUUUCUGUGUUUGAUUACACUUAUUGUAUGUCACUUCCAUAGCAAAUGUAACACUCUAUGCAUAAUAAACUUUUUGCACGUACCUGAAAUUGAAUCUGUUAUUUCUUAAAUUAAUAACAAAGUAGUAAAAACCUAUAAUACAGAAAUAUACAAGCUUUAUCAAGCCAAUGUUAUACAAGACUGUAACUCUACCUAUAUAAAAAACAGCUUAAUGUUUCUUUUAAGUUUUACUGCACUAUUUAAAUGGAAAUGGCAUGGGGAAAAGAAAUACUCAUUGUUAACUUAAUUGCGGCACAAAUAUUCAAACAAGUCAUAAAUUUUGCAAAAGUUGGUUCCAGUUAUUCAACAUAUUGGGUCAGAGAAAACAUUGGGUUGCAAACUACUGCCAAAAUGGCGAUUUCAUGACCAAAUUAUAUUUUAAAAACUUCCACAAAUCAAACCAAAUUCUAUCAAUGUUUGGUACAGAUUGUUCAGACGUCUCAGUUAUAAUGAUAUAUAUUACAUGAAUCUGUUAAUGUACUUUAUUCAUUGGGAAGAAAUGUAACCAAGUUUUAAAGGAAGUUUUCAGUUUCAAAAGGAUUAAAAGACUUAAAACAUCCUGCUGCAUAACACCGUUGGCUAUGUUCAAACCUGAAUUUCAUGUUUAAAAAAUCACGACAUUGUUAGAUUUAUUACAUAAUACAGGGAAAAUAGCAGUAGUGCAUGAAUCUUGAUGAGAUGCACUACUUUUAAGCCCCGCUAAGAAUCAUCACUUUCACCACAUUGCAUACAGGCAAGGCCAGACCAGGGUGGCCCGUCUGAUACUUCCAAGCGCAU